CACAAACGCAAUUUCAGCGCUAUGGCAAAGGCAAUGGCGGAGCCAAUGAUGAACCGUGGGCAGGGCAUGGGCAAAGUGAAGUUGCCGUCUCCGCGGGACAACGUCGAGAAGCUCGACCUGCGCUCCUACAACGGCUGCAUCUAUGUCUUCAGUUUUGCCGAUAGUCUCCCCGGUGGAUUGCGGUUUGGGGAUCAGUUGUUGGGAGUUAAGGACAAAUGUGUUACUGGUUUGAAAUUGGAGGAUGUCCUAAAAAUCUGCAAAGACUUGUCUAAAGAGAGCGAAAUAACCUUCCGACCCAGUUCCCUCACAGAAACUGUCAUCCUUAAUGUCGGUUCAGCGCCCUCAGCCGGCAUCAAGGUGACCGAGGGCGUCAUUGCCAAUGUCGAGGCCGGCUCACCCGCCGCCGAAGCCGGACUCUUACUCAAUAGUCGGAUCAUCAAGAUCGAUAACAAGGAUGUGACCCAUCUCAGUGACGACAAACUGCUUGCCCUGCUUGAUAAGGCCGGUGGCGAGAAAUCCCUUCUGUUGGCUCCCAAAUACCUGUUUACUGAGUCUGUACCAUCUCCGUCUGUUUAG